GUCAAAUCUUUACUUGCUCACCUACGCGACACGCCAGUCAAUACUGCGGAUGGCUCCGAUAAUGUCCUAGUUCCCGUUUUUCGCUACCUAAUGAAAGUUGAUACCCACCCUGCCGACAAUGUCCUUCACUGGUUCUGCAGUAAGGCAGAUCCUCUCGUCGUGGAAGCCGCUACGUUCCUUCUCCGGCUGUUUGCAUACGACAGCGCACAAGUCAAUGAAUGGAAAGCCAAGCUCAAGCUCUGCCUCGGAGGGUGCAGUGAAUGUGUUCAAAUGUUGAAUGUUGUAAAGGUGUCUUCGAGAACCACCUAUUUCGGAGCAUUUCAGCCAGAUAUACUGGAUAAAUUUUAUCAAAGCUUCACCAAUUGGGAAAUCCUCAUCGUCAAAGAAGCCCUUGGUGGCAUAGGCGUCGUUCUUAAUAACACGCAGCUGGAUUCAUAUACUCUGAGCCGCAUUCCCGGCCCUAUCCUCUAUCACACAUUGUCUUCCUUGAAGUUUCUAGAAGAUGCGUCCUUGUUAUUUCUGGUACGCUCCUGCCCCAAAGUGCAGGGAUGGAAUACCGACGUGCCACCCGCUGGCUUACUUCCACUGAUGAUGGACGAAUCUCCUGAGGUUAGGAAUUGGUCCCGUGGUGCUGUCUCAAGUAAAGUCAUCCCUACGAACCAUUUCGUAGCUCCAUACAAGGAGUCACUGGGGAUCUCCCUGGCUGCUCUGGCUACCACCGCCAAUGGAGGUUCUGUCGGCAACUUCGCCUAUCCCUCGCUUGACAGCGGUAACUUUACUUCUUUCCCCUUCUCCAAGGACCCAGUCGAACUGUGGAUGGGGUUCACGUUUAUACUCCGGCUUAUACCAAGCGACGUGUUAGCUCAGGAUGAGCUUGGCCGACAAUGUCGUCGUGUCGUGAUUAGCCAUGUGAACGAUAUCGGCCAACACUUCUCAGUUGUCCUUCGUUGCCUCCUUCUCCUGAUGAAGCGCCUUCAGAAUAAAUUAUGGAAAGGCGAAGCACCCGAUUACGCUCAGGUUGUCUUCGACAGCAUUAAAGACAAUCAGUCUUUCUCCGAGCUGAUCUCCAAUGGAGCACAUGAGGAAAAGCCAUGGUUCCUCUCUUGGUUCGGAGAUUAUCUUGACAGCGUGCCGGACUCUGGAGUCUUCAGUAACAUUUUAUCGAAGAUCGUAGAUUUUCUCUGUGAAGAGCUCCAGCAUGAACGGUUUCAGGAAGCACGCCCCGUGACGAUGCUGGCUGCCUCCCGGGUUAUAUUGUUCAUGCUCCGAAAACAUCAAGACGAAGGCGAUGCACGCAGAAGGACUGCUCUCUCCAGCGUUCUUGACAUCCACGGGGAAAAACUUAUCAAUGUAGCGUUCAGACGCGAGUUCUCAGAUUCAAAGUGGGGUUCCGCCCGAGCUAGCGCUCGCGAACUUGUCUCUGUGACUCUUGCUAGAGAUGUUUGUGCGGUCAGCGACGCCAUCGACAUAUCAUGCAGGGUCCUUGCCGGGCGAGAAAGAGAGUUCUGUCUUUGCCAAAUCCGUCGUCAAAUGUGGAAAAGAGUAUAUGGAAGCCUUCAGAGCAACGACGCUGAUGCACUAACAGCUGUCAUCAAGAUCAUCGCCGAGAGUUCGCAUCUUGACCAUUUGACGAAGAACGCUUACAAGCCAGUCCUUUCAAAACCCAACAUGGAAGCAGCAAUUGAGUCUGUAAAUGCUUCUUUGGCUGCUAUGCGGGAUGGGCUACUAGACGCCAUCUCUCGGGUUUCCAACUACAGUAACCCGACCCAGCUCACUAGCGUCUUGGCUGAUCAUGACUUCACCAAGAAUGUCAUGGUGAUCAUGUUGUCUCCCAUCGAUGACCUUCAGGCUGCUGCCAAGACUCUCGUUGGCCAGGCUUAUGAUGUCGAUGGACGUUUGGACUGCAUACGUGCGCUCCUCAAGAACCAGCCGGAUGGCGCUCUCGCGGGCAUACACUCCUUUCUUGAAAAGUUUAUCAGCUUCUCUCCCCUGGUGGCUGAGGCCUGCAGCCUGUCCAAAUCACUCGUGCAGUGUUUUACCGACAUCAUUGAAGUCCUUUGCUCGUCCCCGGAUGGUCUCCUACACGAACGAUCAUUUUUACAGCCACGUAACAAGCCCAGUCCGGGACUACAGUUACCGCAACUUUGGAACCUGAUGACGAGGGCGAUUACUGUCAUUUUUCAGCGUAUUCCUGUAUGGGCAGGUUACUUCGAGGUGGAGGACAUGACAGUCUGGUUGCGAGACGCUCUUAUUUUCGGACGGGACUUGCUCGAGCAGCGCAGGGUCAUCGAAGAAGCAGCGUUGUCUGUUAGCAAUGAACCACCGCUUCCUAAUGGCAAGCGACGGGCUCUGUCCCGACUUGGGAAGAAGAUGAUUGACGACUUGAAGCCUGUCCUCCCUGAGUUGGCGCGAUGGCUUCGCCUUUCGGACCAGGAACUUUUGCAUCAGGCAUUUGCACUCAUCCAGUCUCUCUUGGACGUCUUCCGUAAGACGGGAGUACCUCCUCCAGAUACGGGUUUAGCCAAGCUCAACAAGCAUAUUGAAGACGCUCGCAAACCGCGCGACGGGCGUCCCAAGACCUGUCUCAAUGCAGCGCAGUUGACCAAGCUCGAGAAUGCUAUCGCCUCAUUCGAUAGUGAUGACGAGGUUGAGAUUAUUGAACGUCCUGCCGUCAAGACGAAGAAGACCGAAGAACCAUCCAUAAAAGCGAGUACGAAGCCGAAUGGUACUCAGAACGUCGGGACGCUGCCCACCCGUUCAGAUACCCUCAAGGAUGUUGCCCAUGGCAAAACAGGGAUACCCGAGGUCCAAGUCAGAGUACCACCCAGAGGUCCCCCUGUGCCCGUGCGUCCGCCUAGACCACCAUCUCCAGAGACGUCUAGCGACGAAAGCGAGACAGAGGCCGGAGGCCUGGCAUCGCUUGGCAAGAAAUUCCAGAAGUCGCCCAAGGUGGCUAAGCCUACUCACCGAAGACAAGUCAAGAUGCUGGACGUCACUAAUCAGGGACAAAGCGCCAUGUUGGAUCGUCUGAGCCGACGGGACGAUGCUCGGAAAGCUGCACUCCGUAUGAAGCCGGAUAUUUCUGGUCUUCACCGAGCUAUUCUCGCGUGGGAUUACGACCAUGAAGGUCCUGAACCUCCUUACCAAGGGUCCAAACCCCAUUUAUUCCAUGUCGGCGAUAAGUUCAUAGACCAUCGUCAAUAUCUCAAAACAUUUGAGCCUUUACUUUUGCUUGAAGCCUGGGCCCAGAUUGUUCAGUCAAAGGAGGAGCGAGAAGAAUCGUACGAAUGCAAGAUAACCUCACGGCAUUUCAUAGAUGACUUUGUUGACAUGGAGGCAUCUAUCUCAGAAAUGGUUCAAAAGGAUUGGCGGCUUACAGAAAUGGACGUCAUUCUCCUUCGGCAUCCUAGCAACAAGAAGUGCAUCCUCGCAAAAGCUGUAUCAUACAGACGUACCCAUUUCGGCUCUCAAGUCACCCUUCGGUGUUACAUUCCCAAUGGCUCGAGCGAUCCAGGUUUACAGAUUCACUCCGUUUGGCAGCUAAGAAAAGUGUUCAGCUUGAGUACUCUGCACAGAGAAUACGCAGCUCUCAUGGCGCUUCCCUAUUACGACCUUUUCUCAACUAUCAUGAACCCUGUUAUCAAACCUAUACCGAGGAUGAACCAAGAUGAAGUUAAACGAGCGAUGAACACCUACAAGAUCAACGAGCCCCAAGCCAAGGCAAUAUUGGGAUCCUUGUCGGCGGAUGGUUUCGCGCUGAUCCAGGGUCCGCCUGGAACAGGAAAGACAUCGACAAUUUGCGGUUUGGUUGAAGGGUUCAUAGCCAAGCGACGUGGACCCGCCACUUCCAUUCAAAUCGGUCGCUCUUCGACUAACGCUGACAAGGCGCCUGUUCAAAAAGUGUUGAUUUGUGCCCCAAGUAACGCCGCGAUAGACGAAGUGGCAAACCGCUUAAAGGAUGGUUUCCGUGGUCCGCAAGUUCGGAACACCUCCCUCAAAGUAGUCCGUAUUGGUACGGAGAAGGCCAUGGGUCUGAGUGUGAAGGACAUUGCUCUCGACUACCUUGUCGACCAAAAGAUCAAUGACAGCCCCGGAACAAAGAACACGUCCAAGGAGUCUGGAAACGAGAUCAACGUUCUUCGGGCUGAAAUAGAGUCGGUCAAGAAUGCAAAACAAGUGAAGGUGGAGGAGCUAGCAACCGUACACGACAAUACUGCGCGGACAAUGGCCUUGGAAGAAGAAAUUAAGAAGCUGAAUUCCCGCCGUUUGACGUUGACACAGCAAAUUGACAGACUCAGGGAUAAGCAGAAGUCGGACAGCCGGACGCUGGACGCUAUCAGACGACGAUUUAGGGCUGAAAUUCUUCAAGAAGCCGAUGUGAUCUGCAGUACAUUGUCUGGUGCGGGACAUGAAACCAUUGAACAGCUCGAGUUCGAGAUGGUGAUCAUUGAUGAGGCUGCUCAAGCUAUCGAGCUAAGCUCCCUUAUUCCCUUGAAAUUCCCUUGUGCACGCUGCAUUCUCGUAGGAGAUCCUCAGCAGCUGCCUCCGACCGUCCUUUCUCAAGACGCGUGCAAAUAUCUAUACAAUCAAUCACUAUUUGUUAGGCUUCAGAAACAUCGCCCAGAUGCUGUUCACCUUUUGAGUAUACAAUAUCGUAUGCAUCCUGAUAUCAGUCGAUUACCGAGUCGGAUUUUCUAUCAAGGCCGUCUACAGGAUGGACCUGGUAUGGCGGAGAAAACACGACAAGUUUGGCACGACAACCCUUUACUUGGCACCUAUCGCUUCUUCAACGUUUCCAAAGGCCAAGAAAGUGAGAGCAAUGGACGGUCGCUGAAGAAUGUCCUCGAAUCACAAGUGGCCGUAGCAUUGUUUUCCCGCCUUCGAACCGAGUAUAAAGGCAUCGACUUCGAUUUCCGAGUGGGCGUGGUUUCCAUGUACCGUGGCCAAGUCCUUGAACUACAGCGGGCAUUUGAGCAACGUUUCGGAGCAGACAUCAAGGGAAAGGUCCAAUUCCAUACCGUGGAUGGCUUUCAAGGUCAAGAGAAGGAUAUCAUUAUCCUUUCUUGUGUCCGAGCUGGCCCUGGCUUGCAAUCAGUGGGUUUCUUGUCAGAUGUCCGUCGAAUGAACGUGUCGAUUACUCGUGCUAAAUCAUCCCUGUUUAUCCUCGGGAACGCCGCAACCCUUGAGCGAAGCGAUUCGAACUGGCGCCAGAUCAUUCAAGAUGCACGGACGAGGAAUGUUCUGACUGAUGUUGGCCCCUCUUACUUUACAACGCCAGGUGCUACGAAGCCAUCUCAGCAUCCUACUCCUAAGCCUGCCAAGCAGAAGGCUUCAGCGGAGAAUAAGCCAUCUGCGCCUCCACCACUACCUAAUCUACUUACUCCCCAGCAGCUAGCGGGUUCUAGUGUCAGUACUCCUCUUGGACUGCAACCGGUCUCGGUGAACGCAAAUGCAUCUCCGAUGGAUGAGGACAAGCCGCCCUUGUCUAAUCCUCCCAUAGAUGAAUCGAAGAAACGCCCACGUCCAGAUCUCUCCAAUGAUCCGCCUAAUGAGGCGCCUAAGCCAAAGCCGCCCCCAGUGAAAAAGUUCAAGAAAGACAAAGGAAGCAUCUUCAUUCCUAAGAAAAAGCCACAAGGCGGUCCUUCCAAACCUUCAUAAUACGCCAUAUUGGACUUGGCACUUAUCUCAACAGCCAGACAUCUGCCCAUGUUAUCCUAGACCUCCUCAUCUACACAUUCUAGAUACCAGUUUGAGUACUACAGUAU